UUUUAUAUUGGAACGUUCAUCAACUCCUAACAGGUCAAUACUGACCCUGUUGGCAAACCCUGCUUUAAUAGGCCUAUCUCUAUAUUGAAAAUGAAGUCAUAGACUUCUAUUUUUUACAUCUAAAUAGACCGUCAUUUCAUUUUUGUGUUCCUCAUCACAAUUAAUGAAAAAUGGCAAAGUUUAAUCAAAAUUAAUUAAACAGAUUAUGAGAAUGAACACAAUUCUGUAAGCCUUGUAGAAGAGGCUUUGCUAAUACUCUGCCUCAAUUGUUAUUUUCACAUGUCAACUAUAGUAAACAGACUAAUACAGGAUCUUCCGAAACAAAUGUCAUCAUUUUGAAUUAUUGUAUUUAUGUUAAUUACUAUCUGAGAACAUACAUUAAAACAUCGGAAAACUGUCAAAGUUUUACAUUUAUCCAUUUAAUUUCUGACUGUGUGCACCUUAUAUCGUAUGACACGCAUUCAACUGAUACUCAAAUUUUUUCUAUGCUCACUACAGAAUAUCCAUUGGCACUCCUAGAGCAGCCAGAAUUCUACAGCUCCUGCAGAUCAUCCAUUUUGCACAGUCAUGAAUGAUUCUGACUUUGCAAACUUCAGAAGACAAAAUAUUGUUAGGAAGUUGCCAUUUUCAUUUAUGGCACUACCUAAAGAAACUGAUAAGAAUAAUGAUAACACCAUGAAAAAGGUGUGCUCACCUGAAGAAACAAGAAAAGAAUCAUCACUGUUGACUGAUAAAGAAAUGAAUGAAUUAGGUGCAAAAUUGCUGAAGGCAGAAAUGUUAGGAAAUUUAGAAGAGGUUGAAAAGUUGGAAUCAAAAUUAGAAAGGGCUAGGAAAGCUAAAGAAGAAGCAUCUUCUGGUAAAAAGAGGAAACAGGUAGAUACUUAUGAUGCUGGUGGAAAAAGAACAUGUUAUUUUCCUGAUGAUGAUAAAUAUUCCUUAAAACAAAUGUUUGAAAAAGAAAGGAAGACAACUAUUGAUGAUCAAAAUGCUGAAUUUGCAAGAUUGUUUGCUAAGGUAAUUGUAAUGUAUGAUUUUUAUUAUUAUUUUUUUAUGAAAACCAUGCAAAAUAUAUGCAAUACAAACUAUUACAGGAAUUUAUUCCAUUACAUCAGAGCUCUUAAAAUUUUUCUAUUUGUAGCCUUCUUUUACCUGAGAAAAUUUUACAUAACUCCUCGUAUAUAGGUAUAUAAAAUAGGCAUAAAAAUAAAAUCACUUACUGAUGAUAAAUCAUAAAACAGUUCUUUUAUAUACAAAUUAUUUUACUUUUUAUUAAAGACAAAAGCAAAUUUGCAUUCUGAUGAGAUGAAUGUGCAUGUUUAUUUUUACAUACAAAAACUAAAUCUUGGCUGAAUAAUUGAUACUGUGGGAUGCAAGGCAUCUUCAGCAUUUUGCAGAAUUGACUGACUUUUAACCACAAAACAAAACUAUUUAUCAUGCUGUGAAUGUUUUAUUCUAGCAUUUUCAAUCUUAAUCAACCUUUAGGAGCUCUCUAAAUAAAUAGAAAGAUGUGUUUAUAAUGGCAUGUUCACAUAUAUGCCCUGAAUUAGUAAUGCAGCCUGAGCCUUGGAU